GUAUUUGUGAGCCUUUGUUUGGCCAUGUCCUCGCUGGCUGCUCCGAAUCUUCUAGAAGGCGGGCAUCACAACCAUGAACACCAUAAUCAUGGCCAGCCUCAUGAACAUAGCCAUGACCAGCCUCAGGAACAUCACCAUCAUGCUCAUGACGCCUCACAACCGCCGUCAGUCUACUUCAUUCCUGACGAGGCCGCCUCUCUGACUCCGCCAGAGCCCCACGCGCACGCAGACCACGCUCAUGGAGCUCCGGAGGCGAAGGCAGAGCCAGAGGAAAAAGCCGAGUACUCCUUCGAAUACGCCGUGAAGGAAGAAGCGACCGACUUCAGCGCGCAGGAACACCGCGACGGAGAUAAGACGGAGGGAUCCUACCAGAUCCUGCUUCCCGACACCCGAGUGCAGAAGGUCACGUACACCGUUGACGGCGAUUCGGGUUUCGUGGCCGAGGUCACUUACGAGGGAGAGGCGAAGGAAACACGGCGACCACUUCCCCUUUGGUCCAAAAGUCUUCACAAAAAUCGCAUCUCUGAGUCUGGAUUUAACCAGCCUAGAGAACAAGCAGGGUUCUGCCGGGGAUUCCAACAACAGACCCCAUUCCAACGCUCACCCAAAUAA